UAGACCACCAGCUUGCCAACCUGUAAAAGCCGAAGUAUCCGCAGAUUCUCAAGUAAAUAUUGGUAAAAGUAAAGGUAAAAAAAAAAGUCGUAGUAAUAUUCCGCUUAUUUCCUGCAACGGCUUUGAAAAUUGGGAUCGUGGUACAUGUGGAAUUGGUCAACCACCAUCACCUGAAAUAUUCAUAAUACCUCAAUGCUCUGAAAGUUCAAAAAUGCCUAAAGGUAAAGGUAAAGGAAAGGCGCCUAAAGAACAACCAAUCAGCGUAUCGGCAUCUGUAAAGGCCACAAUCGACAACAGACCAAAAAAUGGCUGUCGACCCUCUAAUAAUGUUUGCCAACCUUGUGAUGAUGUUUGUCAAUCUUGUGAGGAUGUUUGUCGACGAGAUGAGCAUGUCAAUUUACAAUCAAGGCAAUUUGAUAAUUUUUUGUGUAGCGGCACCCCCUAUAGCGUUAGUUCACGCCCGGAUUUGAGAGUUUGA